UCAGAAGCGGCGGAUGUUGACAGCGGCACCGCUUAGCUUUAACACUGGCGUCAUAGUUUCACUUUGUUGUUGUAGUUGUCCAAAAACAUGGCAUCAUCUAACUCGUUCAAACUCAGAUGCUCCAUCCCGGGCCACGAGAUGGACGUGAGGGGACUGGCGGCCGCCAUUUUUCCAGAGGGAGCUUUCGUGUCCGUGUCCAGAGACCGAACCGGAAGAGUUUGGGUACCGAACUCCAGCCCAGAGGUAGGAUUCUCUGAGAUGCAUUGUAUGUCUGGACACUCAAAUUUUGUAUCUUGCGUAUGCGUCAUCGCACCCAAUGAAACGUACCCCCGAGGGCUGAUUGCCACUGGUGGGAAUGAUAACAACGUUUGUAUUUUUACUCUGGACCGGCCGCAGCCCCUCUACACCCUGGAAGGUCACAAAAAUACAGUUUGCACUUUGUCCUCUGGGAAAUUUGGAACGCUUUUGAGUGGCUCCUGGGACACAACGGCCAAAGUCUGGCUCAAUGAGAAGUGCAUGAUGACUUUGCAGGGACACACUGCGGCUGUUUGGGCGGUGAUCAUCCUACCUGAACAAGGCCUCAUGCUUUCAGGAUCAGCAGAUAAGACCGUCAAGCUUUGGAGGGCUGGCCGAUGUGAGCGAACGUUUACAGGACAUGAGGAUUGUGUAAGAGGACUGGCAGUCAUCAGCAACACAGAGUUCUUAUCCUGCAGCAAUGACACAAGUAUUCGAAGGUGGCAGGUGACGGGCGAAUGCAUACAGGUCUACUACAGUCACACCAACUACAUCUACAGCCUUGCAGUCUUCCCCAAUAGUGAAGAUUUUAUCAGUACAGGAGAGGACAGAUCGUUAAGGAUAUGGAGGCAAGGGGAGUGCUGCCAGACCAUCCGUUUCCCAGCCCAAUCAGUCUGGUGCUGCUGUGUUCUACCCAAUGGGGACAUUGCUGUUGGUGCCAGCGAUGGCAUUAUUCGCAUUUUCACGGAAGCUGAGGACCGCAUGGCGAGCGCCGAAGACCUACAGGCCUUUGAGGACGAGCUCUCCAAAGCCACCAUAGACCCGAAGACGGGGGAUCUUGGAGACAUCAAACUGGAAGACCUUCCUGGAAGAGAACACCUAAACGAGCCCGGGAAUCGCGACGGGCAGACACGUUUGAUCAAAGACGGACAGAAGGUGGAGGCGUACCAGUGGAGCGUCAGCGAUGGCCGCUGGGUGAAAAUCGGGGACGUGGUCGGCGGCUCCAACCAGCAGACCUCUAAGAGCGUUGUGUACGAAGGGAAGGAGUACGACUACGUCACCAUCGACGUGAACGAGGAAGGGCCGUCCAUGAAGCUGCCUUACAACGUGACCGACGACCCCUGGCUGGUGGCGCACAACUUUCUGCAGAAAAACGACCUCAGCCCCAUGUUCCUCGACCAAGUUGCUAAUUUUAUUAUCGAGAACACUAAAGGACACGUGGUGGGUCCUGCUCAGAUCGGUGGUGGCGAUCCGUUCACAGGAGGAUCUCGAUACGUUCCUGGCUCAUCUAACGAUGGCUCCGGCUUCGGCGCAGAUCCUUUUACAGGUGCUGGGCGCUACAUCCCAGGGUCAAGUUCCAACGCCAGCGCUCCUUCAGGUGUGGCAGAUCCAUUCACUGGAAAAGGCGCGUAUUCCUCAGGAGCCCAAAAACAGACCUCAACUAACAUCUACUUCCCUAAAACUGAUGGCGUGACCUUUGAGCAAGCCAAUGCCCCUCAGAUUAUCGCCAAGCUAAAGGAGCUGAAUGUAGGGGCCCCUCGGGAGCACAAGCUCUCUGACGACACCAUGGAAAGCCUUGAGCAGCUGCUGCUGGUGGUGUGUGGGGUGAACUCACCUGAACCUCCUCCUACCAUUCAGCAGAUCAGCCUCCUCUGGAAGGUCUCGCAUUGGCCUGAAGAUAUUGUGUUCCCUGUCCUGGACAUCUUGAGGCUUGCGGUGCGCCACCCGCAGGUUAACGAGAGCCUCUGCGGCGAGGCAGAAGGCGUCCAGCUGUGCAACCACCUGCUGAGCCUGAUGAGGCCUGAGGGUCGCCCCGCCAACCAGCUGCUGGCGCUGCGCACGCUGUGCAACAGCUUCAGCGGCAGACACGGCCGAGCUCUUCUCGUGUCGCAGCGCGAAGCCGUACUGUCGCGCGCCGCCGACCUGGCCGCCGUCCACAACAAGAACAUCCACAUCGCCCUGGCAACUUUGGUGCUGAACUACGCGGGCUGCUUUCACAUUCAGCCCGACCUGGACGCCAAGGCUCAGUGUCUAUCGGUGGCCAGCAGAGCCCUGGAGACGGUACAGGACAAGGAGGCUAUAUUUAGGCUGCUUGUUGCCUUGGGAACCACGGUGGCCUCGGACCAGACGGCCCAGGACUUGGCGCGCUCGCUGGGCGUCGGCUCUCAGAUUUCCAAGUACUCCACAGUGUCGGAGCCGUCGAAGCUGGGCGAGUGUUGCCAGCUGGUUUUAAAAGAACUACAAUGAUGAGAAGAAUUAGCGAUAAGAUGAGCGCUUCUUUUUAAUACUCUGUUCUCCUUAUUCAGUCUCAUUGAGAUGGAAAUACUACACUUGUAUGGCCUGCAAUAAAAAGAGCAAACUUUCUUUGUA